AUUCAGACUGCUUCUACAAACAUUUGUGAAAGACUGUGCAAUAAGUCCAUCCAUGAAAUUUCCUUGCUACUAAAUAUUCCACGGUCAUCUGUUAGUGGUAUUAUAACAAAGUGGAAGCAACUGGGAACAACAGCAACUCAGCCACUAAGUGGUAGGCCACAUGAAAUGGCAGAACGGAGUCAGCACAUGCAGUGCGCAGAAGUCAGAGUCAGUAGCUAAAUACCUCCAACCUUUAUGUGGCCUUCAGAUUAGUGCACAACAACAGUAUGUAUAGAGCCACACGGAAUGGGUUUCCAUGGCCGUGCAGCUGCAUCCAAG